AUGGCGGAUUACGAGAGUGUGCUAUGUGUCAAAAAUACGAUUCACGUAUACAAAAUACCACCACGGCCUUCGAACAGAGGGUAUAGAGCUGCUGACUGGAAGCUGGAUGAGCCCGAUUGGACUGGAAGACUCCGAAUUGUUUCCAAAGGGAAAGACUUGUUUAUAAAACUUGAAGAUAAAACAUCAGGUGACCUGUUUGCACAAUGUCCAGUGGAAACAUAUCCUGGCAUAGCAGUUGAACCAGUCAUGGACUCUAGUCGAUAUUUUGUGCUCCGGAUUAAAGACGAAGGAGGUCGCUCAGCAUUCAUUGGAAUUGGAUUUGAAGAUCGAGGAGAUUCUUUUGACCUUAAUGUAUCUUUACAAGACCAUUUCAAGUGGUUAAAAACAGAAGAAGAGGCGAAAACAGCAUCGACACAGUUUGACAAAGGACCAAAGUUGGACCUGGGCUUCAAAGAAGGACAGACUAUCAAGAUCAAUAUAGGGACAAAGAAGUCAGAUUCAUCAAAUACAAAAGCCAGACCGAGAGGAAAUGCAGGAGGAGGUGGGAUUGGAAUUUUACCGCCACCACCAGGGGGAGUAAAGCUUCCACCGCCACCAGGGGGUGGUAUACAGCCACCCCAACCAGCAUCUGCUGCUCAAGCUCGAAUGCAGCCACAAGCUGCCCCAGUGGCACAAAAUAACAGUUCCAGUGCUUCUAGUAACAUUGACUUACUUUUAGAUUUGGGAACAACAAAUAGUGAUUCCACACCUCUACAGCCUCAAGCUGUACAGAGUAGUAACGACCCUUGGGGGGAUUUCACAAGUGCUGGGUCAAACACCGACAACAAUUGGGUACAGUUCUAAAGACUCGUGGCCACAUUGACAAUUAUCUCAAGUAGACACUGUAAUGUAUCAAUAGUGCUGAGUCUACAGUAUACUUCUAUAAUUACCUGGGAUAUGUACUGGCUGUUCAUCAACCUUCAUCGUCAUCGCCAUGACACACAUACUCACCAACAUAUGACCUCAUGAAUCAGGUUAUCAUAAUUGACCUUGACCCGAAAUGAAAAAAAAAAAACAUCAAUAAUGUGCAGUAUUUAACGUAAAAGUUAGUCUUCUGGGAAGACUUUUGAACAUUUUCUGCAUGUGAACAGUUCUAAUUGUUUGAUAUAUGAAGAAAAUAUCAGUUUAUGUCAAGUUUAACUGUAGCCGUGUCCAUGUCUCGUCUUUUUAUGUCCACAUAGUAAGUGUUAACAUUUUGUUUUUCAAAGAUGAAAAAAAGGUGUUGUGAAGGUCAUUACAUUGUCAAGGUCAUUUAUUGUAGAGUCGUAAGAUGUGAAAGUGACUAUGUUACAUUGUGAAAAUCAUGUUACAGAAGUAACAGUACAGAAGUAUAUUGUCCUUAUGCCAACAUCUGGGGUCUGUUCAUUUAUGCAGACAAACCAUAACACUCUAAAAUAUAAUAUUUUUGGCACAAAUAAGGAUGGAACUUCAAAUAUCAACACAAAUCUUUAUAACACUUAAAAGGCUUACUGGUUGUCGAGGCUCAUCAGAAAGCAAAAUAUAUAAAAAAUAUGUAUCAGUAGAUCUGUCCUUAUUUCAUAAACA